AUGUCGGCACAACAACGUAUCUCCAGUCUCUCUGCUCACUUGGUAGCAGCAAACAACCACCAAGAAAAUCACGUUUCCGAAAAUGCACUGGCUGCCGGAAAGCGAGCCAAGUCUCCAAACGAUGUCGUCAUUGUCUCUGCCCUUCGCUCUCCUAUCUGUAAAGGCGGCCGUGGUGCAUUCAAGGAAACUCAUCCUGAAUUCCUCUUGACUCAAGUCUUGAAGGCUACUAUUGCCAAAACCGGCAUUGACCCUGCCAAAAUUGAAGACGUUCAAGUUGGUAACGUCCUCAUGCCUGGUGCUGGUAUCCAAACCUCUCGUAUGGCUGCUAUCUAUGCUGGGAUCCCAGAAUCUGCUGCAACAGCAGCCGUCAAUCGUCAAUGCGGUUCAGGUUUGGCUACUUGUGCAAACAUUGCUGCUUCCAUCGCUCAAGGAUACAUGGACAUUGGCAUUGGCGCGGGUGUCGAAUCAAUGUCCAAAUACUAUGGCCCACAAGCAAUGCCAACAGACAUCUCCCCAUCAAUCCUCGAAUUGGAAGCUGCCCAAGACGUCUUGAUUCCUAUGGGCCAAACAUCCGAAAACGUGGCUCAAGAAUUCGGAAUCACACGUCAAGAACAAGAUGAUUUGGCAUUCCGAUCUCAUUCUCUAGCUCUCAAGGCUCAAAAGGAAGGAUUGUUCAAGAGUGAAAUCGUCCCCAUCACGUUGGAGGAUGGAACUGUUGUGGAUGCUGAUGAUGGUAUUCGUCCUACUACUCGUGAAGCUUUGGGAAAACUUCGUCCUGCAUUCUCAUCUGAAGGUACCACUACUGCUGGAAAUGCCAGUCAAGUCAGUGAUGGAGCUGCUGCUGUCUUGUUGAUGCGUCGAAGUGUUGCUGAAAAGUUGGGUCUCCCUGUUCUUGCUCGAUGGGUCGGCUUCUCUGUUGUCGGUGUUCCUCCUCGAAUUAUGGGUGUUGGACCUGCAUUUGCAAUUCCUGCCGUUUUGAAACAAACUGGUUUGACUAUUGACGACAUUGACAUUUUCGAAGUCAAUGAAGCAUUUGCUUCUCAAGCUGCAUACUGUGUCAAGAAGCUUGGUAUUCCAAUGGAAAAAUUGAAUCCCAAGGGUGGUGCUAUUGCUUUUGGUCAUCCUUUGGGAAUGACAGGAGCACGUCAAAUUGCUACUUUAUUGCCCGAACUCAAGAGGCAACACAAACGAUUUGGUCUUACUUCCAUGUGUGUUGGCGUUGGAAUGGGAUUGGCUUGUGUGUUGGAGAAUGAGCAAUUGUAA